AUUGGUAUAAAAAAUGGCAGCUAAUAAAUUUUGGAAAAAAAAAGAAGUAUUAAUCUUAUAAAAUAUUGAGUUAUCAAGCUUAGAAUAAUAAGUAGGCUCAGCAUUAACAUAAAUUGAGGGAACAAUCACAGAAGUGAAGAAUUUAAGAUUAUCAUCAGUUGUUGAUUUUACAUCUAAAAUUAAUGCUAAGAAAUAGGUGUAUUUAGUUUUUAUCCCUUAUCCAUGUUUAUCAAUCUAUAACAAAAUAAGGUAUAAUAUUGGAAUGAGUUGAGAUUAGCUAAAAGUUAUUACCUGAAUUGGAGAAAAGAGUAAAAGCAACUAUUUUAGUGGUUGCUAAAAGAACAAUUGAAAGUAAAUGGGUAAAGAAACAUAGAUCUUAAACAAGACCAAAUUCAAGAACUUUGACAACAGUUUAUGAUGGAUUACUUGAAGAUUUAAUAUCACCAUCAGUUAUUUUGGGUAGAAGAACAAGAGUUAGAGUAGAUGGCACAAAAUUUUAUAGAAUGUAUAAUAGAGUUUAGAUUGAAUAGAUUCUUAGAUGAAAGUGAUUAAAAAGAUUUAGAAUCAAGACUUGAAUCAAUAAAAGAUAUUUACAAAGUGUUAACAACUAGAGAUUUAGAAUUUGAAUUUAGAAGAGAUGAUACAUUCUAUUAAAAAAAGGGUGCAAAGAAAGUAGGUAAAAAUUGAGAAACAUUAAGUAUAG